AUGGAUACUCUGAGCCACAGUAGCAUACGCGUUCAACCCGACCAACGGGUACGUCUGUUCGCUUACCUGCGGGACAAACUGGCAGAUGGCGACGACGACGAGGACGAAGAUGUACAUGGCGGACGUCUCGACGAGCACGAAGAAGAUGCGCAUGUACCGCCCGCGGUUGUGGGAUAUGAGUAUGUCUUGAGUGGUGGUGUAGAUUCUGUACCCGAUUAG